GUCGAGGCUUCGCGGCACCUGAUAGUGAGGCAGGAGCUGGCGCGGGCUCGCACAGCGAGGCUGUUCCGGCGCCGCAGGGCGACGCGCGUGCCGCCCCCGCCUCCUUUCGACGUGCCCCGCGGCCUGCCCGCCGCCGCCGCCGCGGGGGGGGGUGACGUGUCGCCCCCGCCUCCCCGCGGCGCCGUGGAGGCGGCGGCCCGCCUCGCUGCGCCCGAUGGUUCAACGGCUGACGUGAGGCAG